UAUAUGUACUUUGCACGUUUGCUUGAACUGUUGUUUAUUUAUUUUUUAUUUAUUUGAAUGUAACCUUGAAUGAAAUUUGAUAUUAUCUGCAUUGUAAAGGUUUACUGCAAGGCUAGAGUGUACACUAUGGAGGACUCGGACACGUCUGGCGCCUUUCCAUCCAAAACAUGCACGGGACUCCGGGUAUUUUUUAUUGGACCUCGCGGUGCAGGGAAAAGCGCAACUAUCAACACAAUAAUUGGCAGAGACGUGGCUGAAUCCACGAGCUCCCUGCGGAAGGAAUCAACAACAAAGAAAAUGAAUAAGUAUCUUGUUGAGAAUCAAAAUGUUGUUUUAGUAGACACUCCGGCGCUCCGGAGGUCCAUAAUAAAAGAACUGAAAAAAGAGUUCAGAAAGUCCGACAUUCUGGCGUUUGUAAUAGCUGCACAACGAUUACAAAUGGAAGAUGAGACUUGCAUUUUGAUGGUUUUAAAGGACCUAAAAUAUUUACAUUCUCGAAGUUUUAUCUUGCUAACAAGAGGGAGUAAUAUUGUUGAUGACAGCAAUGUAUUCAAUCCUGAAUCUAACAAAGAACUGUAUCAGCUAUAUGAAGCUGUUGAUAAGAGAUAUGUUGUGUUUGAGAAUAGGAAUAAAACUGAAAAAGAAAGAAAACUUUGUAUCGAUAAGUUCCUGUCCAUGUCAAGAGAAAUUAGUUUUAAUGAAGAAAUCAAGAUAGAGACCCUCAGAGAAAAUUACAGCAAAGUUAGCGGAAGGAACAUCGUAAUCCAAUCUAUUAGUUGGACAGUCAUAGCUCUUGCAAUCGUUCCAAUUUUCAUUUCAUCUGCAAAAAAUAUUAAUGUCCUGAGAUCUGUAGCCACCAAUGACCUAUAUACCACGUGGUGUUGCCAUUUGAGUCUUAUAUAUGAUGGUUUUCAAAGUAUGACAUGGAAUGGUUUUCAGAACUUUUUAAUGUCUGGGUUGUAUGUUCCAAUCUUCUAAGGUUCUUUGUCUUUGGACCAAUCUAUUCACAUUUUUUGGAAAUGUACUGUAUUAAUAUAUGAAAUUAAAGUAUUUUUAUGCCUUCUGAUUGUUCUAAUAAUUACUGCUGAGUUGCGUUCAAGAUCGUACCAGCCACGAAGCUCUUCGUCGGUCUUCGUCAAUGAUCUUGAACGACACGCUAACUUAGCAAUAACUACGAAAGCCCAGGUCCCGGGGCCAUAAAAG